CCCUCCCCCGCGCGGCGCUCAGUGCCAGGCGGGAGGCGGCAGCAGUUGGAGGCUUCGCGGGGCUUUGCAGCUCGGACUUCGGCGGCGCCUCAGGCACCCGGGCCCUGACACGAUGCGGCGAGUGGUGCGGCAGAGCAAGUUCCGGCAUGUCUUUGGACAGGCGGUGAAGAAUGACCAGUGCUAUGAUGACAUCCGCGUCUCCCGAGUCACCUGGGACAGUUCCUUUUGUGCAGUCAACCCCAGAUUCGUGGCCAUCAUCAUAGAAGCGAGCGGGGGAGGGGCCUUUUUGGUGCUCCCUCUUCACAAGACGGGGCGAAUUGAUAAAUCCUACCCUACGGUGUGUGGCCACACAGGACCAGUGCUGGACAUAGACUGGUGUCCACAUAACGAUCAGGUCAUUGCCAGCGGAUCAGAGGACUGCACUGUUAUGGUUUGGCAGAUCCCAGAAAAUGGACUGACCCUUUCCCUGACUGAACCUGUGGUGAUUUUAGAAGGCCACUCAAAAAGAGUUGGCAUCGUGGCAUGGCACCCGACGGCCCGCAAUGUGCUUCUCAGUGCAGGCUGUGACAAUGCCAUUAUCAUCUGGAACGUGGGAACAGGUGAAGCCCUCAUCAACCUGGAUGAUAUGCAUUCAGACAUGAUUUACAAUGUCAGCUGGAGCCGCAAUGGCAGUCUCAUCUGCACAGCUUCCAAAGACAAGAAAGUGAGGGUCAUCGAUCCCAGGAAGCAGGAGAUCGUGGCGGAGAAGGAGAAAGCACACGAAGGAGCCCGGCCUAUGCGCGCCAUCUUCCUGGCUGACGGCAAUGUCUUCACUACUGGCUUUAGCCGCAUGAGCGAGCGGCAGUUGGCACUCUGGAACCCAAAAAAUAUGCAGGAGCCAAUCGCUCUCCAUGAAAUGGACACUAGCAAUGGGGUGCUGCUCCCCUUCUAUGACCCGGACACCAGCAUCAUCUACCUGUGUGGGAAGGGUGACAGCAGUAUCCGCUACUUUGAAAUCACGGACGAAUCCCCGUAUGUGCACUACCUCAACACAUUCAGCAGCAAGGAGCCUCAGCGAGGGAUGGGCUACAUGCCCAAGCGGGGACUCGACGUCAACAAGUGUGAGAUUGCCAGGUUCUUCAAGCUUCAUGAGAGAAAGUGUGAACCUAUUAUCAUGACCGUCCCCAGGAAGUCUGACCUCUUCCAAGACGACCUGUACCCCGACACGGCGGGGCCGGAUGCUGCACUUGAGGCCGAGGAGUGGUUUGAGGGGAAGGACGCAGACCCCGUCCUCAUCUCCCUCAAGCACGGCUACAUUCCAGGCAAGAACAGGGACCUCAAGGUGGUCAGGAAGAACAUUCUGGACAGCAAGCCGGCUGCAAACAAGAAGACGGAUCUCAUCUGUGCCCCGAAGAAGACCACAGACACUGCCAGUGGGCAAAACGAAGCCAAGUUGGAUGAGAUCCUGAAAGAGAUCAAAUCCAUAAAGGACACGAUGUGCAGUCAAGAGGAACGCAUUUCAAAGUUGGAGCAGCAGCUGGCGAAGAUGGCUGCCUGAGGCCCGCCCCCUCCACAGACGGCGCUGCUCCAGCGCGCUCCACAGGGCAGAGAGGGAGACACUGCCGUUUGGAGACAUUCCAUUCAGAUCUGUCAGCCAGCGAUAGGCCACAUUCCAGUAAGAACUCAGUUCCUCUCCCAAAUUCACGAAAACGUGAGAGCUGAGCUUUUUAUGGGGAGCUUCCGUGUUCGACAGGUCUGGCGACCUGUUGAGCUGUACUACAUUUGAGAUGCCAGAUACUCUGAAUUUUAGCAAACAAGCCCCCCCGACCCAGUGUCCUCCACACACACCUUCUGACGGCCGGCCGAUGCCACCUCUGCUCUGUCUCUUCCUUUUUAACGUUGCCAAAAGCGAAAGUAGCUUUUUUUUUUCUUUGUAUUUUGCUACUUUGCAGUAUUCGUGUGGUUUUUUUUUCCUCAAUUUGAAAGGGACAGCACUGUGUAUGUUUAUAAACUAAAUGAAGAUGAGAUGAUUAUUUUAUAUAAACACUCACGAGAACAAUCAGCACAGCCGCGCAGGGCUGGCUGGCUCACAGCACAAACCUGGGCGUCUAACGACGGUCCAGCAGGAAGACUUGAGAAAUCAUGUGGACCCACACACUGCCCCCGUCCCCUUGAGUCUUGGAUCAAAAGCUCUUGUCCCGUCUCUCCUUGCUCUCUCCUUCCUAGAAGUCAGGUGGUCGCACAGAUGGAAGUCAGCUCCUUGGUCCUGUCUUCAGUGAUUAUAAUCUAACCCAAACUAGCUCCUGUUUCUGGAGUUUUGUUCUCACAGAUGGUCGCGCCCUGCCCUUCCAGCAGUGUGCUUCACUCCCAGGCUGUUUUGGACAAGGGCAGCCAAGGCGAGCGGAUGCCUGUGUGUCGAGAGUCCUUGUCCACUGAGGCGGCUCCAGUAGCUAGCCCUUGAGUGUAGUGUGGGGCUUGAACCCAGGCGCUGUGCGCACAGCCUCUGCCCCAGGCCCUCUGUUUCCCUCCCUCCUGUCUUCCCUCCUUACUUUGCUGCCUCCUGUCUCAGGCGCCCAGCCAGUCCCUGAGGGCUCUUGAAUGUCGUGGCUGAGGGAAAGGUCCAGAACAAAGUAGAGAGGGAAGUUCAGAGACAGACCCUCUGUGCCACCACCCAGAUCAGGCUGCUGCUCGCCAGCUCUGACCGAGGCUGUGGAGCACGGCAACUCCCGGUUCCCAGGGCAGCAGCUGGAGCCUAGCCCUGCCCUACCCUCACGGCCUCCGGGUACACGUCUGGAAAGCGGCCGACCGGGACAGCGUCAGAGGGAUCAUGGACGGCAAGCCAAGGCAUGUGUCCGCACGGGUGCAGGCACAGUGCUGGCUGCCAGCAGAUGUACAGGUUAUCAGGACAGGAGCAUAGUGUGGCAGCAGCUGCUGAGAGUGUGUGGGCUGACUGGGUACUGUUGUAAGAGAAGGUUCUCUCAGCCACCUAGACGGGGGGUUGCUGGCACCGCAGCAGCCUCGGGGCACCUGAGCCCCGUGUCUGUCUGGUGUUUUAAUGUUGACUAAUGACUAAUGGAGAGGAACCGGCUGGAGUGACACACUGGCGUUGUCUGUACAUGUGAUGUGCUGAGGACCUGUUUCAAGAUUCACAGAUGUUCUGGGGUCAGUUGAAUUCAUUAAGUAAACAGUUGUGGAGGCCGGCGAUGAAGCUGGGGGAUGGGGUUCAGAGAGGAAGGAGUGGUUGGAGUGUGUGCCAGGCUGAGUAGGCACCGACACGCUGUGGUGGGCUGUUUCCCUGUUUUGUCUUAAAGCUGUGGCACCGGAGGACAGCGAACUGCUCCUACACCCACUCUUAUAGAGUGGCCAUAGUGUUCUGUCAAAACACUCGCUUCCGUUUUCAGAGAUAAAGACAUUGAUUACA